AUGACUUUACCUUCAAUAUCGGAGCAGAAAGCUAUCUUACAAGGAUGUUUAAACAAUAUCAAUCAUCAAUCAAAUUUGAUGAAACAAUGUUUGAAUGAGAACAAUCUAUUACAAGGAUUGAAGCAUUGCUCUAAUUUCUUGAAUGAAUUAAGAACCAAUCAAUUAAGUCCUAAACAAUACUAUGAAAUGUAUAUUUUAAUAUUUGAUUCAUUGGAGAGUUUAUCAAAUCAUUUACUUACCAGUCAUAAUUCAAAAGUACAAAAACUAAAGAAAAGGCAACAACAACAACAACAGAAAGAACCGGGAUCAGUAAACACUUCGUUUGAUAAUACCACCUCUCCAUUCUUGUCAGAUUUAUAUGAAUUAGUUCAAUAUUCAGGAAAUAUCAUCCCUCGUCUAUAUAUGAUGAUUGUUAUAGGUACUACUUAUAUGGCAACUUCAGAAGCUCCUACAAAGGAGAUCAUGAAAGAUAUGAUUGAAAUGUGUCAUGGGGUUCAACAUCCUAUUCGUGGAUUAUUCUUACGUUACUAUUUAUCCCAACGUACUAAACAUUUAUUACCGUUUUCAAAUUCCAUUGAUUUCAACGAGACAAUUGAGUUUUUAAUCGCUAAUUUCAUAGAAAUGAAUAAAUUAUGGGUUAGAUUACAACAUCAAGGUCAUUCUUCAGAACGUGAAUUGAGAUAUCGUGAAAGAAAAGAGUUGAAGAUCUUAGUGGGGUCAAAUUUAGUAAGAUUAUCCCAGAUUAUAGAUGAUUAUAAGGGCAACAAGGAUGAAAAUUAUUCGUCUAUCGUCUUUUACAAGACUAAGAUUUUCCCUACUAUCACAGAACAAAUCAUACAAUGUCGUGAUCAUUUGGCCCAAUCUUAUUUGAUUGAUGUUUUGAUUCAAAUUUUCCCUGAUGAUUUUCAUUUUGCUACAUUAGAGAACUUAUUAAAUAAUGUAUUUAUUAACUUGCAUCCUUUAUUGAAGAAAAGUGAGUUGAUCUCCACAUUAAUUGAUAGAUUUAUAACUUAUAAUAAAUUCCAAAGCGAUUUAGCUACUGAAGUAGAUGAAAAAUUAGCUGUUACUGAUGAUAUAAAGGAGUCCAAAGAGACUCAAAGUCAUGAACAAGUUGAAGGCGAAGCAGAGCAUUUCAAUGUCGAUGUUGAUGAAUUAUUUACGAUUUUCUGGAAUUUCUACUUGAGGUUGUAUGAAAGCGAUCCGGAAUUACCUAUGGAAGAACAUUCCACAAUAUUGCAAUUUUAUAUUAAAUUAUCAUUAGUGUAUGAUCCCAAGAAUUUUAGGAACUUGGAUACGAUUUAUAAAUUUGCCACGGAAAACUUAAUUACAUCUGACAAGGAAUCGAGCGAUAAUGAGGAGUUAUGGUUACAAUUGUUAGUUGUACCAAUAAGAUAUUUCAAAUCCGUAAAAGAUUUAUUCAACCUACCAUUCUUCCAUGAAUUUUAUUUGAAGUUAACUAAUAAAUCAUAUCAAAAGCAAAUUUCAUUAGAGAUUAUUAAUAAAUUUUUAGGUAUUUCAACUAAUGAUGAACUUCUUGAUAUAAGUCCACCUACCACCGAUGAAUUUGAAUAUGAGUAUUUGACUACUACUGAUGAAAUUGAUGGGAUUUUCAAAUACUUGUUGGUUUUAAUUAAAGAUUCACAACAGCAACAAUUGAAUACUGCCAAGAACUUGGGAAUCAUUAAAACGAUUAAAGUAAAUAAUGGUGAUAAUGGUUUAAUAACUCAAGAGUUUUUAGAUAUCCAAGAGAAGUUCUGCAAGAUCAUUCAUUUGAUCGAAAAUCCGGUAGAUCCUUUCAAGAAUUUGUCAAAUUUAAUGUAUGCGAGAAGAAAGUAUUUAAAUAAGAAUUCACAAAAUAUUAUCUAUACAUAUCCAACGUUGAUUAAUAAGAUUUUGUAUAAAUUGAAAAUCAUUGGAUACAUGAGCUUAAAGUUGAAGAAAAGAAAUCCUAAAGUUGAUUACUCCAAUCAAGAUUUAUUGAUAACUACAAAUUUUAAAAACGUAUCAAUUAUUAUAGACGAAUUAUAUCAACAUCAUCAACAGUAUAGCUCUGAUUUAAUUCUCAAAUUAUAUCUUAACGCGGCAACUAUUGCCGAUCAAUUAAAACAAGAAUCAUUAGCUUACGAGUUAUUUAAUCAAUGUUUUAUUGUUUAUGAAGAGAAUUUGAUUCUUAGUUCCCAUCAAUAUAAUUAUUAUCAUCAUAUUAAUCCUCAUGAUUCAUUAGGAGGAGGAUCGCUUCCAUAUCAAUCGAUCUUGUUAAUUGGUAAUAAAUUAAUUAACUCAAGAUAUUUUAACAAAGAGAAUUAUGAAUCCCUUAUUACUAAAUUAACUUUAUAUGGUUCAAAAUUGUUAAAGAAGCAAGAUCAAUGUCGUUCUGUUUAUUAUUGUGCCCAUCUUUGGUGGUGGUGUGAAAAUUUGCUUCCUCCUGGGGAAAAAUCACCCACAGUUAACGAAGUAAAGGCAGAAGAAGUAAGUGAAGCUAAAACUGAAAAACAGCCUGAAGAGAAGGUGGAAACUUCAGAAGAUAAAACCGAUGAAGCUCAGAAUGCAGAUAAGCAAGACGAUGCUGAGCCAGAAGAAGACGUUGAUGUUGAGGCUGGGGAAGAAGUGGAAGAGGAUGAAGAGUCCUUAUAUAGAGAUGAUAAAAGAGUUUUGGAAUGUUUACAAAAGGCUCUUCGUGUUGCUGAUUCUUGUAUGGACCCAUAUCUUUCAUUAAAAUUGUUCAUUGAAAUUUUAAAUCGUUGUUUAAUCUUCAAUGUGUAUGGUAAUGCAUUGAUUGAUUCGAGAUAUAUCAAUGGGUUAAUCGACUUAAUCACUACCAAUAUUGAUAAUUUAAAGACUGAUGAUAAUGAGGCUGCCUUUAAUAUUGAUAUAAAUGAUGCUGCCAAUAAUGGUGUUGAAGAAGAUACUGAUAAAGAAGCGAAAUUGUUUAGACAAAGUAGAAACCUCUUUGAUAGAACCUUAUCUUAUAUCAGAGAUCAGCAGAUAAAUGAAAAUAGAUUCGAAGGCAUUAUUGUUUGA